AUGGUCUACUCGCCCAGCACCUACCUCGUUUCCGCCGCCGUGGCCGUCGUGGCGCUGCAGAUGCAGCACACGGCUGCUACCUCGCUCUUCUACGACCCUUUCACGUCGACCGACACCGUCGGCACGAUCAGUGGCAAGUUCCCGGCUCGCGGCGCUGAUGUGGCCGACCAGGACUGCGCCAUCACGGUGCAGGUGGACCCGAUGCUGCCGGACAUCGCCACCAUCUUGCCCGAGCCUUCGGAGUACCCGGACCUGCUGGCCAACCUGACCACGGGCCCGGCCGAGCCUGUGUCGACGAAGGUGGGCACGGUUGUGCUGUCCAAGCCCGUCCCCGCCACCAUUGCUGGGCUGGAGGGCUACCUCGGCAAGGCCACGCCUAAGAGCAAGGCGGGCGACGCCCCGCUUCCUGGCAUGACCACACCUGCUACCAAGACGGGCACUUCCACGGUCACGGCUGCUCCGUCCACGAGCACCAAUGAUCCUCUUAAGCUGGAGACUAAGCGUCGUCUUGAGGACAACGCCAACAAGGACAUCGCCAAGCUUGAGGCCUACUUCGGCACCAAGAUGGAGAUGAAGCUGAAGAACCUGCCCACUGAGGGCGUGCACACGCCUUCGCCCUGGCCUGGCCCGUACUGGCCCACGUACCAGGACGGCAUCAACGUUGUCUGGGAUGAGGGCCAGCCGAGCCCGGCCGAGAAGUACGCCACGGCCUUCGGCAAGGACGUGUCGGACUUCAUGGACAAGGUCUCCAAGGACAACGGUAUCGACUCGAUGAGCAAGCGCAAACAGUGCACGUCGGACAACGACUGCGCUUCUCUGACCGACGGCAGCGCCUGUGGAAUUCGCGCCGGGGCGUCCUCGGGCUACUGCAUCCCUUCGUGGUUCGGCAUUUGCCACGCUUGGGCGCCGGCCUCCAUUAUGGAGGCUGAGCCCAACUGCCCUGUGACGCACAACGGUGUGACGUUCCACCCCAUGGACCUGAAGGCUCUAAUCUCGGACAUCUACGACGGAGCCAGCGUAGGCACCGUGUUCACUGGUUCGCGCUUCAACGGUGGUGCAGAUACCCCUGACGAGUACGGCCGCCACUCGAGCGCCGCCUACCGCGACCUGAACCCCGCCUUCUUCCACAUCGCCGCGGCCAACAUGCUCGGCAAGCUGAACGCCACGUUCGUUGCCGACGUGACGGCCGGCACCGAGGUCUGGAACCAGCCCGUGCGUGGUUUCAAGGUGUACGAGCAGACGAAGAUGUCGCCGAAGAAGGCCGCACAGACCUUCUACGGUCUCAAGAAGUACCCGUGGAACGCCGCUGCCCAGAGCAUCGUGUACGUCAAGACGCGCCUUUCGUGGAUUUUCGAGACGUACACUGAUGGUGGCCUUGUGGCUUCUGGCCAGGUCGACCAGUUCACGACUGGUGCUUACUACACCUACCUCCUUGAGAUGGACAAGCAGGGAAACAUCAUCGGUGGCGAGUGGGUCUACGACUCGGACGAAAACCACCCGGACUUCCUUUGGUUCCCCAAGGCCCAACCCGCUGCGGGCACUGUGACCAGCGUUGGACUGAGCUACGCCGACGUGAGCAUGCUCUUGAAGAAGUCGGCUGCGUGCAGCGCCUAA